AUGGGCCAAGAAUCUUCGACCCCAGUUGCGGAGCACGUUCCGCCGCGGACACUCGAUGGUGGCAGGACCGUUGAAGCUAUUGCGAAAUAUAUUCGAGAUGGCAAGGCAAAGAAGAUUGUUGUCAUGAGCGGCGCCGGUAUCUCUACAUCUGCUGGUAUACCAGACUUUCGAUCACCUAACACGGGUCUCUACGCAAACUUGGCUCGACUGAAUCUUCCCUAUGCGGAGGCCGUUUUUGACAUCUCUUACUUCCGGACCAAUCCGCUUCCAUUCUAUAUCCUUGCCCAAGAGCUUUAUCCAGGAAGAUACCGGCCAACUAUCACGCAUUCCUUUAUCAAGUUGCUCUCCGACAAGGGACUCCUCCUAAAGCAUUUUACCCAAAAUAUUGAUUGUCUUGAGCGUCAGGCUGGCGUGCCCGGUGAGAAGAUUGUGGAGGCCCAUGGUAGUUUUGCACGACAGAGUUGCGUCGUUUGCAAAUCGCCAUAUCCUGCGGAUCGCAUGCUCGAAGCUGUCCGCAAAAUGGACGUCCCACACUGCCUACGCCCCGAGUGUGAGGGCCUGGUGAAGCCAGAGAUUGUCUUUUUUGGCGAGUCCUUGCCGGAUGAAUUUCACGACAACAAACAUUUGCCUUCUGAGGCCGAUCUCUGCAUAGUCAUGGGAACCAGUCUAACCGUGCAACCGUUCGCAAGCUUGCCAGGUUUCUGCUCUGAGAGCACCCCUAGAGUAUUGAUUAAUCUAGAACAAGUGGGCAGUAUGGGAUCUCGUCCUGACGACGUCUUGAUUCUUGGCGACUGCGAUGCUGGUGUUCGCAGACUCGCUUCUGCUUUAGGCUGGCUUGACGAAUUGGAGGCUCUUUGGAAGGAGACUGAUCCAAACAAAGGCAAAGAGCCCAGCGAAAAGCCUGCGCCAAAAACAAAAGAUGAAGAAAUCGAAGAGGAGAUCCAGAGAUUGACUCAAGAAGUCGACAGCACACUGAAGUUUUCCGAAGACCACAAGGAUUGGUUACGACAGCAGCUGGCGAAUAAGCGCGAAAACGUGCAGACGCAAGCCAGACGGGAGAGCCGAGAAGAUGAGAUUAUGAUUGACCCUGACACGCAUGUCGGUAUGGAGCAAGAACCUGUGGCUCCUGCACCCGGUCAUCGCUUUCAUGAUGAAGGCGGUAACCUUAGCCAUGUCUUCCCUCACCUCAAGUGA